AAUGUAUUUUUUCUGCUGAGGGGCGUUCACCUCGUUUACCCGAUUUAGGGUGUAAACUGUUAGAAACUGUAUAAAUGUGAGAGACAAUUGUUUUGUGGCUUGUUUUGACAUGAGAAGAGGAUUACAGCUCAGAAAUCCUGAUGAACUAAGCGAACAUUUUUUGCAAUAUCAGUGGGUAGUAUUAAAGAGUAUAGAAAGAUGCAUAGGCAGCUGGGUUAAUACUUUCUAUCUAUUCAGGGCGGGUGUGUGGGUAACAAAGAACACAGAUCGCUUUAUGUUUAACCCUCUCUUAUUUCUGUGCCUUACAGCAUGCAUAGACAUAGCUUCCUUUGUCUAGCAGGGUGCUGGGUUGGUCGGAUUCAGUGUCAGGCCAGAGGACUGGGAUUUAGUAUUAUUUAAGGAUGUAGUGACUGCUGGGUGUAGGGUGAUCAUGAUUGGGGGCUGGUGCCCUGCUGGGUUUAGUGGUGAUCUCACAUAAUCAUUCUGCUCCAUCCAGCUGAAAACAAAACUAUCUUAAGUUUCACAUUUUUGCUGAGCUUGUUUUGUUGAAGAGAGUAAUACUAAACUCCACAGCAUGUAGCUCUCCACAAUACAGCAGACUCCUACUUAAAUGUAGUGGAUACAUCCAACUUCACGGCCAGGAAACGGAAGAAGUAGUGUAGAACCAGAAGGUCACAAUCAACUGAUCUUGGAAACAGGACCGUGGUUUGGGAUUAAUAGGAUGGGAAUGUGGACACAUCAAUGCAUAUGAUUUCUGCAGGGCAUGGAUUAGAGUUUUUUCCUCCCUCUUGGUGCACCAGUCUUCUGUGCAUUUGUCAGGAACACUUAUGUGGGUUACAUUCCAUUGUUUUGUUCACUUGUCUUAGAAAAACCCAAACAAAAAAGCCAGGUCAAUGUCACAUUUCAGUAGAUUAAAAACAAGAAGUCUGUGAAGGAACUGAAACAAGCUUCAUUCAGAGUCAGCCUCUGCAGCUGCCAGGAGUGUUGUACAGCCAAGCUGGGAACCUCGUAGCUGAGUUGCAAGUGGGAAAGAGACAGAGAGGGAAGCCGGAGACAAACCAGCGGGGGAAUUAGGAGCUGUGACGUCGUGUCUUCCCUCCUGUGCCGAAGCGAGCAAGGGAAGGGGAGGUAGAGAAAAAAAGAGAGAGACUGAGACUUACGACCGACCGCCAUCCUGAUGAUGUGUCAGUCAAACACCCUGCAGGGACCAGAUCUGCACGCAGGGAAAUGGUGAGAUGCUGUAAAGCUUUAUCUAACCCUCCUCUCUCUUGCUACAACCUCCACAAAGUUAAAAUUCAUGUCCGAAGGCUACGUUCAGGGAACAGCGGCAGCUGUGCCGGGGAGCAGCACCUGCAACUGGAGAGUCCAGGCCCAGCUGGCUCUGCCGGGGGCACACCAAAUAGGAGAGCCCGUUUCAGGUUGCAAUUCCCCCAGCUGGCCCUGAGGCGGAGGUUGGGCCAGCUGAGCUGUAUGUCUAGGCCUGCUCUGAAACUCCGUUCUUGGCCUCUGACUAUUCUCUAUUAUCUUCUGCCUUUCGGUGCUCUUAAACCCUUGACCAGAGUGGGAUGGAGGCCUAUGAGCAGGGUUUCUCUGUACAAAUCAGUACCAACACGACUGCUUUCACGAGCCUGGGGUCGUUUGAACCAGGUCGAGCUGCCCACCUGGCUCCGGAAGCCUGUCUACAGCCUGUAUAUCUGGACAUUUGGAGUGAACAUGAAAGAAGCAGCUGUCGAAGAUCUUCAUCACUAUAGAAACCUGAGCGAAUUCUUCCGCAGAAAGCUGAAGCCCCAGUCCCGGCCAGUCUGCUGCUAUCACAGUGUGAUCAGUCCCUCAGAUGGAAAGAUUCUGAACUUUGGACAAGUGAAAAACUGCGAAGUGGAACAGGUGAAGGGUGUCACCUACUCGCUGGAGUCCUUCCUCGGGCCGUGCACCAGCACAGAAGACGUGCAGUUUAGCCAAACCUCAUCCUGCAACUCAUUCCAGAACCAGCUAGUCACAAAGGAGGGGAACGAGCUCUAUCACUGUGUCAUCUACCUGGCGCCUGGGGACUAUCACUGCUUCCACUCGCCCACUGACUGGAGAGUGUCGCACAGACGCCACUUCCCAGGCUCCCUGAUGUCUGUGAAUCCUGGUGUUGCCCGCUGGAUCAAGGAACUCUUCUGCCAUAAUGAGCGGGUUGUACUUACUGGUGAUUGGAAACAUGGCUUUUUUUCCCUAACAGCAGUAGGAGCCACAAAUGUUGGCUCCAUCCGCAUCUACUUCGACCGGGAUUUGCAUACUAACAGCCCCUGUUACUCCAAAGGCUCUUACAAUGACUUCAGCUUUAUAACCAACAAUAACAAAGAGGGCAUCCCCAUGAGGAAAGGAGAACAUUUAGGGGAGUUUAACCUGGGCUCGACCAUCGUUCUAAUCUUUGAGGCACCCAAGGACUUCAACUUCCACCUCAAACCUGGACAGAAAAUCCGCUUUGGAGAGGCCCUGGGGUCCCUUUAGAAACUACAAAAGGAUUUUAUAUACAAAGGAACUCAAACUUCCAAGAAAAAUGCUUCACUAAUGGAAAAUAUCACUCAGCAGGACCUGGGUGAGGAAAAUAUUAGACAACACUGCUGUGUAAAACUGGGAUAGGAGUAUUUGCCCAAUAUCACAUACCUAUGCUGAGAGCAGUAAAAUAAUCAGAUGAUCCAUUUACAUAUCAGGUACAGAUGCCUUUAAGAAUGUUGACCAGGGUGGUUUCUAUCCCAUCCUAUGCCUACAGUCUUUCACACUCUCCCUUUCAAUGUGUUGCAAACUAGUUACAUUCAUACAGAGCCUGUAGGUUCCUAUUGGGCCUGCCUGCAUUCUGGAGUGACACUGGGGAGGGGUGAAGGCAGAGAGAUUAGCUACCUUUAAAGGGACACUGUUAGGUUGACCUAGACCCAAGGUUUCAGUUCUGUCAAAUAUGGUUUUCAAACUUGCAGUCCCAGAUGUCUAAUGCAAACAUGACAUCAAAGUAUGGAAGCCAGGAAGUCAAACUGCCUAGUCUUACUUUCAUUGUCCAACCAAGGUGAAAUGCACAAUGUAAAUUAAUCGCAUCAAUACUGAAACCAGUAAACUAGACUCAAAUUCUGUUUAAUAACAUCCUGGUAACAGGUAUGGAAACUAAUUUUUAAAUGCCUUUUAACCUAUUAUUGUCCCUUUAAAACUGGACUUUGCACUGUAUUUUAAACCUGAAAACACUGUGUCUACAUUCCAUGUGGUUGAACUAGUCAUCUUUUUGAAAAAAGUGUAUUUUUUUAGCUUGCAGCAGUCAGACUGUUGCAUACUCUUCUCCCAAUCCAUAGUUUUAUUUUUGCCAUUCUAGGCCUUAAGGAUUUUGUUUUAUCUGAGUGGUAAUUACUCUCCUCAGUCACCCAAAAACUACUGAGCGAUUAAUCUUCUGACAUAAAACAAUAACAGGUGGUUAAGGGGUCUGCUCCCUUCUCGUUGCAGUGGGGAUGCAGCUAAAGUAUGUUUCCCCUUCUGCUGUACAUGUGCUGCUGCUUGUGUCAUAACCUUCAGGGCCUGUCACGGAGUUCUUUGUGUGGAAAUUUCUCCAUGUACAAAACAAUUUGAAAUACAUCAGGGCCUAUAGUUUAGUGCACGGAGUGAAAUGCCAUGGGCACUGACUGUGUAUUAAAAACCCUUAUGGACCUUUGGGGCAAUCCAAGGUUGCUCCCCAUGUGCACUAACUUGCUUUUCUAUCCUUCAGUGGACUUACAAAAAAAAGACAACCCAGCCAAACUUCCAUUUUUCUUUUGCACUUGUAGCUGGUAGAAAGAAACUGGAGCUGAGUGCUCUGCUCUGAAGCUUCAUCCUGCAGCAACUUUCAUCUCUGUAAAUUCAUGCCAAGAAGGGUUAGAAUGGAAAUAGGAACAUGACACUCAGAAUAGGAGUUUAAGCUUCGCAUUACCAAUAAUGGGACUAACAGCAACUGGUGCCAAAAGGGUUGAGAGCAACUCACUUCUACUACACUGUAUUGCUUGUUCUUACUGAAUAAAUUCUAUUUUGAGCCAAGGAAGUCUAUUGCCUGUAAGUGAAUAGGAUACCCUGACCUUGAAGGAAUGGACUAGCUUCUUAUCAAACCUGGCCCUCUCCCAGCUUGAGCCUUGUGUGUGGAUAUUCAUCAGGGGAGCUGGUGUUUUCUUUAAAGAUCUGCCUCCAGUUCCAAGGGGAUCUUCUGAACAGACUUUUUUAAAUUCAUUCUAAAUGAGACUCAGCACUGUAUAUCUUGAUCCUGUAAAAGAAAGUCUGCCUCCCCUGGAUGUGCUGGAGAAAACAGAAUCAAGUGUUUACAGUUGGCCAAGCCCUGUACACUUGUCAGUAGGGAAGAAAGACAUGUCUGGUAAUAUAGCCUGCCAAAGGCUCAUAGUAUGAUCUUGACUAUUUGGCCCUGUUUAGGUCAAUAUAGGAGAGAACUAGUCCUUUGGCUCCAAGAGUCAGCAUUUCCUCAUAUUAAAUGGGGGCUGCUUCAAAUGGCUCUUAGCAGCCCCUCCCUUCCCCCUUUGUUCAGCCCCUUAGUGCUAGGAUGUAUUAUGCAUCACAAUAUUCUUCUUCCAGCUAGGCAUUAAUUUUUUAAAAACUUGAUGCAAAAUACAUGCAGACAUCAUCAGCCCUAAGGGUUGAAGCUAUGACUAAUUACCCUUCAAGAACUAAAGGCUCUGUGAACAGAACAAGCCUGUUGCAAUGGGUUAGAGGAAGGAAGAAUUUAUCUCUGAGGCCUUUUGUCUUAGUUGUGGCUAAAACAACUUUAAGCUUUAAAUUCCUCACUACUCAGCAUUCACAGUAUCUGAGCACCCAGUUCGCCUAACAGGGGAUGAGAGAAGUUGCUACUGUUCACUUUAGUAUGAAUGUGUCAGAGACAGAUCAUUCUGCACCAGGUCAGCUCUUUUUGUGAUGGUCUUAGCACUGUGGAAACUUGGCUGGCUAGCAGGAAUGUCUUACCCACUGAUCAGAGGAAGUAGAAGCAGGGUUUCUGGAGAAUACUGGUGAUGCUGUAACUUUCUCCAGCAGGGAGAAUCCAUUUAAUUUUUCAACUAGCACAGUGUUUUUGUAUGUCACACUGUAUGACUUACGAACAUUAACUCUUAAUUUCAAACAUUUUAAAAUAAAAGUCUUAUCAGCAUUGUUUUGCUUCUUAAUAAGCAGGGGAGUUUAAAUAGAUACUACAGUGAUGGUCUCUAUGAAUACUUAGCUGAGUGCAGCUUUGAGCUGCACAGCAGUGUCUCCUACUUCUUAUCACAACUAUGGUAAAUAAAUGAGGCAAUGUCUCCCAUAUGCAUACAGCAAAAGGAAAUAUACGUUUAAAUGGUAGUGAGGUUUGGCUUACUUCCCUUCAGAAAGUUAGAGAUCAUGUACCUUAGGCCUAUGUCCUCUGACAUCAAAGAUCAAACGAACAGCCAGCCCGUUCUACCACUGAGCAUGAACUGUUUAGGGGCUUUAGAUGUGUUACAUAUCCAAAGCAAUGCGAAUGUCCUUCACACGAGUGAUGUACCUCUGCAGACAAUGUCUCCCUUCUAGCAGCACUUUGGUGAGAGAGUUGAUCUGCACCUCCAACUACAAGAGAAAAUGAAGGGAAGAGGAAAGGGCUAAAUUGUUAGUGAAGUCAGGAACAAUUCAUUCCAGCAAGUUGGGUCUGUAACAGUUCUGACUGCUGUUUGGUUGAACAGCUUUCACACUACCCCCUUGAAUAAGAAAGUAUCAAGUUACAGGACUGGGUUUCUCCUUUGGCAGCUGUGUUGUGGUUGUGAGGAAAAUGUGAAUAGUUUAAUCUACUUUGUUCAUUAUCCCCUUUGGCAGCCACUUCUACUCUUUGUUCCAAGGGGCCAGUAAGAAACAAGGUUUCCCCUCUUCUACCUACCCUGCUGUUACUAAUCUCCCACAACUGCCCCAUUUUGCCUUCAGCCUUUGUUUCACAAUCAUACAAAUUAGACUAAAUCUGUUCAGGGCAGGUUCCAUUUCUCUUUGCAGUACCAUGUGUUAUAAUUUUUACUCAGUAACUUUGUGGGACUGGCCUUCACACCACUAUUUGUCCACAUACCUGAUCCAGCUCUUCUUGAACUUGCUGCAUAACAUCUUGCUCCGCUGCCCCGGUGCCCACAGUACUCAUUUCUAGCCACUUGUUCAGAAUGCGCGCCUGCCGCCGGCAUGACCUGAGGGAACAGGAUCAUAGCAAGCUAGGGUGAGACACGGAAGGUGCAUUGUACAUUUAACUCAUUUGCAUCAAUAGUUGCAGAUGCCAAGGACAGUCACUACCAGCACUAGUUGCAAACAUUGUUGGAAAGGAGUUCAGUGUCACUGCUCUUUCUAGACCAUUUUAUAAAAGAUUGCAUUUACAGUAAAUGCCUUUUGGCAGUAAACGUGCAAUGCCUGGCGGGAGGUAUAGGUACUUAGCGAUGAAACCCAAGCUGCAGCAUAUUAGGUGGAAGCUGGGUGGUAAGAGCCAGUUUAAAAUAAGUUUCAAAAAUAUUCUAAACAUUAUGCACCAUCAGACCCACUGUAGGAAAAACUAGCUUCACCACUGCCAUAUAAAGGACCCAUUUUCCAUUUGGGCUCUGUAUGUUAGCAGGAAAACAGUGAGAAUGCGUCCCCGGAGAACACAAGAAAGGUUGGGUGUUCUUCUCCUACUUUUGGUCCACUGCUGCUUCUUUCCCUAGCAGUGGGUUCCCCCUUAAAGUCCUGUUCCACUCUGAAAUGUGACUACAAUCCCACUUAGGGUUAUAUGUUUAUGUCUGUCUAAUUAACUACUCACAUCAACAUUUUUCUAACUGCCUAUUCUACAAAACCAGGCUGGGAUCUGAGAGCCAAGCCGGGGUCUUUCCUCCUCAUAAAUUCAGACUCAUAGUAGAGUCUGAAGACUACAUUCUGAGUCGGUUAUACCAAUUCAACUGCACGGAUUUCAGAUUAUGCCCUCAGUGACACUGGUAUGGCCACACUUCCUUCAUUGGUUGCCAUAGGUAACAGUAAACCAUUGCCAAGGAUGCACAAAAAGGUAACUCCUUCCAAGCUGUAUUGGCAGUGCAGGUCUAAUAGAGUAAACAAAAACCCCACAACUCUUACACACUCAAGUCAGCAGAUGUGACUGAACAGGCCCAGGAGACAGACCUGCUGAGUAAGGAGGUGUCACUUUUCAGAGCAGAACUGUACUUCCAUACAGAAAUGCAACAUUGGAUUAAGAACACUCAGUAAGGCUGGCUAAAGGGGACUUCACUACGUACUUGAGCUCCUGCUUGCUAUCGUGGUAAUGCUGCAUUUGCUGUCGGAUGUGUUGGAGCUCUGCUUCCAGCUGUUUCUGCAGCUCUGUUCCCUCCGUGGAAUAGCCUUGUCUGCUCUUACUUUCAACUGAAACCAAACACAAAGCACACACAUUAUGAUGCUGUUGAGGUUCUGUCUAUUUCCUGCUUCUUCCUCUCUGGGAAGCAGACAGGCUUGUAGGCAAAAACUUACCACUGUGCCGGGCCUGUGGGUCAUCAUUGCUAUCGUGAUAUGCUGCCUCUGUUGUAAUAACUGGGUCCUGAAAGACCUACCUCACUUGUGAGCUUAACUGUGGAAAAGUGGCUAAAAGUUUAUAAAAUGAUCCAAUCACCUCUAACAAUAAGUGUUGAUGGGGAAAAGAUAAUGAAAGUCCAACUCAGCAUGUUACAUAAAAUUGCUUAUAAGACUAAGCAAAAGUUAAGACAGACUGAAUUAGUCCAAACAAAAAGGCCUGCUAUAAAUCAGGGACUGUGCUGAUAUAUCUGGUAAACAAAAAAGUGUGGGUCUGGAACUCAAACAGACAAACUGUCGUGUCAGAAAUUAGGCCUAAUUGGUGAGCAGAACAAUGAGAAGAUGGGCUAGUUUGUCCAUUACUUGACUUUUGAGGGGUUUUUUUGUUUUUGUUUUUUUAAGACUUUGGGAGAGGAUAGAGAUGGGUGAACUAAAGGGAGCAAGCUUCAUAUCAUGGCUUCCACUCACAUCAUCUCCUGGGACCUCAGGGUCCUUCGGGACACCACUGGCCCUUCACCAUCCCGAUUUUGAGAUGAACAAAGAUGACAUCACCACCUCCACUAGCUUUGGCUAAAUCCCAAAUACCAUCUGAGGUGUAAAACUUUGGUUCCUGCUUUCACCUAUUCUCUUAUGUAUCAUUUUCCUCCUGCACCUUAUUUCUUCCGUUUCCUUUUGCCUCUGUCUACUAAGAGUCUUGCUUAGCCUGCCAAGACUGCCACUUUUGCAACAGUACAAUGAGCCUAUGACCAGAGAGGCAGCUAAAAGCAAAGCGUGAUGCUGGUACAAUUUUGCCAGGCCUCGGAGUGGUGUGCCACGUACUGGGCCUGUGUUUCUCCAGCAGCAGGGCUGAAAGUAAAAUCAGCACUAGAGACAGAAGCUGCAUUUUCUCUCUACUGUUUUUUUCUCUGCCUUUUUGUGUCUGUCUGUCUUGUUUGCAAGGAAACAGGAUCAGACUUUAAAACUAACUGUAGCUCAAACCCUUCUCAACUAAUUUUCUGGGGGUGGGUAGAGUCCUUAUACAGCCAAAGGGAAAGAGAACAAAGGAUAUUGUUAAAACAAAAGGCUUAAUGUAUUACAUACAUUUCAAAUGCUUUAACUGUUUUGACUUUUUCUGUAUCUUUAAUAAAAGAGAUUUUGAAUGGUG